AUAUGUUAACCUGAAUCGCAGAAAACUAAAAUGUAUGAUUUUAUAUGGUCCGUUCCUUGUUGGUACAUGUUUCGCACCGACCUGUUUCAGGUCACACAUUGCCUCAGUCCACAAAGGAGGUUCAACAAACCCUGAGUAAACCCUAAAGCUUGAGUAUCCGUGCCUUGAUAUCUCGCCGUACGAUGGCAAUCCAUAAAAAACGGUCCAGUUACUUUUCCCCGUUGGAAUUGCAGGUGCUGUUGGAGGCGUACAAAGAGCGUGAAAACAUAAUUCGUAUGAAAAGUAACACCGCUGUGGCAGCAAAAGCGAGAAAAGUCGCAUGGCAAGAGAUUGCUGCAAAAGUGAAUGGUCAGUGCAAUCAAUUGACAGAAAAGCGGACAUGGCAGCAGUUGAAAAUGAAGUAUAAAAACCUUGUUCAGGCAGCAAACAGAAAAAAGGUAGAGGUUCUUAAAAGAAGUGGCGGGGCUUCACCACCACCUCCAUCUCAGAUAGAGAGCGAGGAGAUGGUAUUGAGCCCUGUUCAAGGCAUGACAGUAGCUGAGGCCAUUCCCGGAGGAAGCUCAUCUGAGUCAGUGACUCCAGGCACCUAUAUACUUACAUACGAACUCGCCUCAAAAGUUGCAAAUCAGGACCCUCCAGCCACCGCAACUGUCAUUAAAGAUGAAAACGUAGCGUUUUCUGCCACGGAUAGCGAACCAGAAAGGCCAACAGAAGUACAGUUCCAGAGAGUGACUGGCGGAGAACAGGUAGAGGGUCCUUCGGACUCCACAGUGCAGCUUGACACAUCAGCGGUUACAGAUUUAUACAGAGUCCACCUCCUGAGAAAGAUUGCUAAAACAGACAAAGAAAUGGUGUUCUUGGAUCGACAGAUUAGAAAAGCGGACCUGGAAAUUCAAUUACUAGAGCGGCAGCUGAGCACCUCUGAAGUUACAUCAAGUUUGACGGGAAACGUCAGUGCACAGCCGGUUUCAAAUCCAACCAAAGAUGUUCUAUUGAAUAAAUGUCUGGGUUCUGACUCCACUCCCCAAGCAAACCCAUCAGGGCUAUCCUAAAGCCAACCCAUUUGACAUCUUGUGUGCUUAGGGUUGCAUUCCUGGAGAAAGAUGAACUGUCAUCCCAGUUUCAAUUUGAGAGCGCCCUAGAGCAGGUUUCUGAUCAGUUUCAUACUUCCUGCUGCUGACAAAUAUCUCCAGAGUGAUGCUACACCACCAUGCUUCACGUUAAGCAUCAUUUUAAACAGUUAGGGAGUUGAAUCUGUUUUUAUUUGACUGUCUGUUCAUCAGAAAAGCAAUUCCUGCAAAUGCGAUCCCUGGCAGCCAUUCCAUCUUUAAGAUCUUCAAAGUAGAAUGGAUACUCCUCCUCUGUGUCAAUCAUUUGUAGAACAGGGUAUUCCUCUCCUCUAUUAGUAGCAAUGUUAUGGAGAACAACACAUGCCACAAUGAUGUCACACGCCCGUUCUGGAGUCACCCUGAGUUUUUGCAGGCACUGGAACCGGGAUUUGAGCAUGUUUAUGGUCAUACCGAUCCGGGCUCUUGUUCUGCUGUGGGCUUCGUUAAAACGUUGCUGGGGACCAGGCUCGGGGUCAGGGUAAGGGGUGAUCAACGUGGGCUGGCAUUGAUAGCCGACGUCACCCAGGAGGUAGCCAUCAAAAUGUCCUGUAAAUACAAUGGACAUAUUUAGGUGUUAACUGAGUCACUGCCAGGUCUUAUGUAAAAUUUCAGGGAGUAUGUGUUGUGUUAGUAUUAUUCAUAAGAAGCAUUUGGUUAUUUACCAUGUGCAAAUUUGUUGUACACACUACACUCUUCGUAGAUAUGAGAGUCAUCAACUGAGCCGGGCCACCUGGCUUCCAGGUUGGUGAUUUUGUAGGAUGCGUCACAUAUGAUCUUAACAAGUUGACAUUACAAAUAAUGACAUAUCAGUAGCAGUACAUUGGGUUGAGGUGAUAUGUAUAUGAAAAUAAUGAUACAAAUAUUUGUACUCUGUAUGAAAUUUGGUCCUGUUAACUUGAUUAGCUAUUUUGUUUUAACUCAUCGGCUGCCAUUGACGGCAUUAAACGUCCAAUCCAUUGGAACUAGGACGGUUGGCAGCCAACCCUCCCAGUUCAAAUGGUUUGGACAUCUACUAGUGAUAAAUUAACAAAUUCACAGCAGAAGGAUGACUGGACGCUACAUGACUGGAUACGGCGGAAAACACAGAUAAGGCUGAAAAAGCAGUUUCUGCUCUU